AUGAUCCAUCCAUCCAGGAUCAAUUUCUUCGACUCCCUACAUCUUCGUGGUGUGGGCCUCGCAAAAGUUAUCGUCCGCCGCCCGCAGCUGCUGAGCAGCUCGCUGGACGCCACGUGGCAGCUGCUCAUUCGCUACCUCUCGCUGCUGGGGCUGACCAGCGCGCAGAUCGGCGAGAUGGUGGUGCGACACCCGAAAGUGCUGCAGCUUACCGUGCAGGCGGAUGUGUCUCCCAAGGUUCGCUUCCUCCGGCUGAUUGGGAUUCCCGAGGCAGAUGUAGCAGGAGUUCUGCACCGCUUUCCACCCAUCCUCACCUACAGCCUCGACAAGAAGAUAAGGCCGCUAGUUCGGUUCCUCGUCACCGAAGCAGGAGUCCCGGACCACGAGGUUUGGAAGGUCGUGGUGGCUCGGCCGGACCUGGUGGCGUGCCAUCUGGACGACAGGCUUCGUCCGCUAGUGCGCUUCCUGUUGUCCAUGGGAAUAGUGAGGGAGGACGUGGGGAGCAUGGUGGUUCAAUUCCCACCGCUGCUGAAGUACAACCCAGCUAUCCUGAAACCCAAGUGGCGAGCAGGCAGAGGAGGAAUGGCUUCGUCCGCUAGUGCGCUUUCUGAUGUCGAUGGGGGUGGUGUGGGAGGAUGUUGGGAGCAUGGUGGUGCAAUUCCCGCCUCUUCUCAAGUACAAUCCGGCUAUUCUGAAGCCGAAAUGGCGUUACUUCCAGCGGACUAUGAGGCUCACUGUGGACCAUUUAGUGGCUUUUCCACGAUCAGCCAAGGUAGGUAUGCGAGCAAGGUCUCUUCUGAGUACAAUCCGGCUAUUUUGAGGCCCAAGUGGCGAUACUUCCAGAGGACUGUCGACCGUCUAGUGGCUUUCCCACGAUCAGCAGAGGAUUUUGGCGAGCAUGGUGGUGCAAUUCCCCCCUCUCCUCAAGUACAACCCGGCUAUUCUGAGGCCCAAGUGGCGGUAUUUCCAGCGGACCAUGUGGUUGACCGUCGACCAUCUGGUGGCCUUCCCACGGUGAGUGCAGCAUGA